GCCCCGCCUCUCUCUCCAGCAAACCCCAAAAUCCCCAAACCCUAACUGUUCUGUCGGAACAAUCGAGCGAGAGAGAGAGAGAGAGAGAGAGAGAUUAGCGUCGACUUUUGAGCACAGCUUUUCCGGCGGUGAGCAUCUUUUCCGGUGUCCCAGCUCAUAUGUUUGAUGAAUUACCUAUGCAGUUGCAGCUAGGUGAACAAUCGUAGCGAGCGAGAUGUAUGGUAAGAAGGGGUGUGGCUUGGUGAAAGAGUUUUCAAGCAGCGAACCUGGGCAGCUUGCAGCUUUUAAUACUAACUUAUUUGCCCAAGUAAUUGAAGAAUGUAAUUUUCAUUUCCGUCAGCUCCAAUCCUUGCUCAGCAAACUCCAAGAAGAAGGUUCGGACAGCCAAACAACUAGGAAUCCAGACCACUAUGGAGCACUCAUCCAUCACCUUUCCCUAGUCCGCAACAAACGCUGCCUUAUGGCUUAUGUAUACAAUCGAGCAGAAGUAAUUCGAAGUUUGGGCUGGAUGAUUGAGGCACUACUUCCUGAAGAAAUUCAAGAAAAACUCAGCAGUUCAGAGAAAGAGUACUCCAAGAAUCAUUCAGCAACUAUCAAAUCAUAUCAGUCAGAAAUGGAUCUCGAUUUAGCAGUGGAUAUGGUGCCCCCAAAGGAUCCUUACAUAAAGGUGAGAGUCCUAGAUGAUAUUGGCACUGUGGCACUCAGUGAUCAGAUCGCAAAUCUUGCUCGACAUGCCAUUCUCUUUCUUAGGCGAACUGAUGCCGAGACAUACAUCUCUCAGGGUUUGAUGGAGGAGCUUAUAGGUUGAGCUAGCUGGUUGGAUUGAUUGCAGCUAACAGUAUUCAAGGCUUUCCGGAGUUAGCAGAAGCUCAUCAAACUCAACCGCUUGCUUCUCCUACUUGGUAUGAUGGAUAUAACAGACAUAUAAAUUGCAGAUUUUUCUAAGUAGAAAAGCAAGCUGCAGUUGUAGUAGCCAAGUAAGGAUGGCCUCCUUGGCUACCCAUACAUUUUUGGCUCUCAUUAUCAGCCACAUUUGAUUGGAAUGAAAAAAACAAGUUAGAUGUAUGGUGAUGGUGCAACCUUACAAUCUCCUUUAUUAACUGUCA